AUGGCGCCCGAUAGGGGCACGCACUCUCGGGCCUCUUCAACAACCGAUGUUGAAGACCACGAACUGUCUGAACCCUCUUCACCUCAUUCGCUUACCCAACGCAGUCAACAAGAUCUUUCUCGUACUCGCUCCGAUCAUGCCUGUUAUGCUCCGCCCGCUGUGCGAGAUUCCGCUCUCGAUGGAACCAAUUUCACAUUUCGAGGAGUUGCCGUGGGCACAGCAAUAGGAAUCAUCAUCUGUUUCUCAAACACAUACUUUGGCCUGCAGACGGGAUGGGUGUCUGGCAUGGCGAUGCCUGCAUCCUUGAUUGGAUUUGCCGUGUUCAAGGCAAUAUCGCCUUAUUUGGCGCUCCCAUUCACACCCGUGGAGAAUGUUCUUGUCCAGACAGUCGCCGGCGCGGUUGGAACAAUGCCACUGGGCUUGGGAUACGUUGGAGUAAUACCGAGUCUGGAGUUUUUACUCCGAAAGAGUGAAGGCGCGCCUAUCGAUUUGAGUCUCUGGCGGCUCUUCAUCUGGGGCGUUGGACUGUGCCUCUUUGGUGUCGUCUUCGGUGUUCCCUUGAGGAAGCAGGUUAUCAUUCGAGAACGCCUGAAAUUUCCCAGCGGUACUGCCACGGCACUUAUGAUCAGUGUGUUGCACGGUGGAGCCAGAACUGAUGAAGCCAAAGAACGAGAGAUUGAAACAACAGGGGCUGGGGAAAGCGAGGAACUCUUGCCAGAAAGUGAAAGAGAGGAUCAGACAGGUCAGCCAGACAAAAAUAACUCACGGGCUGACUGGAGAAGACAGAUUCGACUCCUAGUCAUUGCUUUCGGUGGAUCCGGGGCAUACACCUCCAUUCAAUACUUUCUUCCUAUCCUCCACAAAUUACCAAUCUUCGGCACAUACCUCGCCAAUACUUGGGUCUGGACACUCAACCCUUCACCGGCAUAUGUUGGUCAGGGCGUCAUCAUGGGCCCGGCUACGACGUUUCACAUGCUUCUCGGCGCCAUCACGGGUUGGGCAGUCCUAAGUCCUCUAGCGAAACACAAUGGCUGGGCACCCGGUUCGGUCGACGACUGGGAGACCGGGAGUAAAGGUUGGAUUGUCUGGGUCAGUCUGGCAAUCAUGCUUGCCGAUGCCAUCGUUAAUCUGGGUUGGUUGAUACUUCAAUCCAUCAUCAGGUACGGCCCUGGUUGGGUGCAAUCGAGUAGAGAACACUACCAAACCAGUUCGUCAUGGUUGGAUUUCUUCUUCGGGAGACAAUUUGCUGGGUAUCUCGCCCUCAACAGCUCUUCUGUACAGCCUCAAGACGUCCGAACCAACAAACCGCCAAAACUUACACCUCUAUCCGAGGAACCUCCAGACGAUGCACCACCUCAGCACCUGGUCUCGAACCGGACCAUAUCCAUCUUGCUCCCUCUCACCCUCGUCCUCUGUGUCGUUUGCAUUCACAUCACGUUCGGCACCUAUAUUCCUAUCAGCCUGAACGUCCUCGCGAUCAUUCUGGCCUUGAUUCUGUCCAUCAUGGGCGUCCGUGCUCUCGGUGAAACCGAUCUGAACCCGGUCUCUGGCAUCUCCAAACUCACCCAGUUGGUCUUCGCCCUGAUCACACCUACCGGCGAACACGCACAUCACGCCAUUGUCAUCAACCUCCUUGCCGGCGCCGUAAGCGAAUCUGGCGCCCUCCAAGCCGGCGACAUGCUCCAAGAUCUCAAAGCAGGCCACUUGAUCGGAGCGAGCCCCAAAGCCCAGUUUUACGGCCAAAUGAUCGGCAGUGUCGUCGGGGCCUUCAUCUCCGCGGCCAUCUACAAGCUCUACGUAUCUGUUUACCAGGUCCCCGGUGAGCUAUUUGAUAUCCCGACCGCGUAUGUCUGGAUCUUUACCGCGCGCCUGGUGACAGGCAAAGGCCUUCCGCCGAUGGCGUGGCAGUUCGCUAUUGUGGCGGGGAUAAUAUUCACCAUCACCACCGCACUGCGCAUCUACCUGCUCGCGCACCGUGACGACAAACCCUGGUGUCGCGCCCUCAAUCCUUGGAUCCCAGGCGGCAUUGCAGUCGCGGUCGGCAUGUACAACACGCCUAGUUUCACGUUGGCGCGAACCGUGGGUGGCGCCCUUAGUUUUUGGUGGGUCCACUGGAAGAAGAAGUCUGAGACCCGCGUUAUCGUCCUCGCCAGCGGGUUGAUCCUCGGCGAGGGUGUCGUGAGUAUCCUGAAUCUCGGCCUGGCGAGUUUGGGCGUACCGCACUUGUGA